GGUGAUGAGAGAUGGGAAGAUUGUGCAAUCUGGGAAGUACGACGAGCUGCUGGGAUUAGGGACGGAUUUUGAGACACUGGUAGCUGCUCAUGACACUGCCAUGGAACUCGUGGAAGCUGGUAACAAUAACUCACAUGGUAGUGAAGAAAAUGGCCCCAAAUCGCUAGGAGGAGCCCCUUUCAGCCCUGGAAGAGAAGCAGCAAACGGCAGUAGCGACAACAAGUUUCUGUUGAUGUAUGUUGCCGUUUUUACUUGGGGGGCAUCUGCUGGCUACAAAAUUAUCUGCAAAGGGAUUCUAGACGACCUUGAUCACUGGUUCUACAUCCUUAACUAUGAUUUAUCAAGUGACCAUGGAAUGUAAACGUUGUGAUUUGAUCUUAGUUUUCUUCUUCCCGUUUUGAUGUGUGGUUCUACUUGCUCGUUGUGAUUGAAUAUGGAAAAAUAGGAUUGGCAAUGCUGGCCACCUGUGUAACUUUCUGAGUUUUAGUACAUUCUGUGUAACUUACUUUGUCUUCUCGGCUCCUUGGGUUGUGAUCCUUCCCCUGAAAUUAUCCCUUUCUUCCAACAGAACUCAUUACUCAACUGACCCUUCAUCCCUCCACUACCUUCUUCCUAUUCUCUGUACAUAAAAUACAUGAUUUGAUCGUGAACUUCCCACUCUCAUUUCAUGUCCAGCACAUGUUAUGUAGAGAAUUUGAGGGUCAAUGACAAAAAUUGCUUGCUA